CGUUCUUUUAGCUUUCACAUUUAUCGACUCUUGUUGCAUAGUCAUAAAGAAAUCCUCCAUAUGUUUAAGAUCUGAUAUGGAAAAUAUAGUAGACUUCUAACUUUGAUGUGCCUCAUACCGUCGCGUGGUCGCCAUUGCCUUGUAAGUAGAUUUCCAUGGCCAACAAGUUGUAGUCCUCUAUUUAGGAAAUUCUAAUGGCUCAAGUGAAAGGGAAAAAUAUUCUUACAGGGCCACCGAUGUAUCCCGCGCCCAGGUCGUCUCCAUUCGGGGAGCUCCACGGCUGCGAAGGUGACGGCUGCGCUUCCGACCAGGAUACCUGGCCUCUACACCAUGUGCUACGGAGUGGAGUGCACUGCCGCCUCUGUUGCUCCUGUAUCCUCCUCUCCCACCGCUCGUUGUACUGCUGUCGCUGCUUCCUCCUCGUCACCUCACCAUCGUGCAACUACGACAAUGGCGACACGCUCAUGGCCCCUCCAGCACCAACCGUCACCUGUCAGGUUUGCCACGACGCCGUCGCACACCUCCCAUGCCUCUACCCCCCACCCACCGAUGGUGUCUUCGUCUGCCCUCCCUGCACCGCGGCCCAGAACGGAAGGCCCUUCACCUACGCGCCGCCCUGCAGGCAGCCACUCGACGAGCGCAACGCCAGGGUUCUCGUCCUAGGGGCGUGGAUAGCGCUAGCGCUGCUGCAGCGACACGCGACAGCAGCGCGCGAAGCCGCGGAACGGCUGGCCAUGGAGGCGCGGGACGCUCGGGCGAGGGCGCAUGACGCUCUUAUCGUGGCCUUCGACCUCGAUGCGGAGGAAGAUCUUUCGUGUGUCGUGCCACAACCCACCGAGAAUGACCUAGCAGCUUCUGAAGAAGAAGAAGAAGAAGAAGAAGAAGAUAGUGAGGCAGAGACGGAUGAGGGGGAGGUGAUGCUGGUGCGGCGCAACGUGAUGCCGCCGUUAGUCACGCCAACAAUCGACACGGGGGGCAGUGUUGUGCCGUUGGCUUCCGCCGAGGCCAAGCACAUGCCUCCGCUGUCACAACCAAAGCUGCUUUUUGACCUUAAUGAGAAUGCGGCUGAGAAUGAGAUAGAUGAUGCCCAGGCUGAGCCCAUGCGACAUCAGGCGCUUAACUCCUUCAACGUGAAGGAGGUGGCGAUGGCUGCUGGCGCGGAAGCUACCAGGGCCAGCCCGUCGACGCCACAGACGUUGCAGUUGUUUCCGAUCACAUACCAAGAUAUAGUACCUCGGACGCUGCAACUCUUCAAUGAUGAUGACGAGGAGAUGUAGGACUGUUUAUGAUUGAGCUUGAUGUUGUCAAACUGAUGAAGGAUGCAGUUGUGACUUGUGAGGUGUUUUUUGUUCCAUACUUUAUCUGAACUUCCUAAACUUAUUGGUCAGUGAUUUCAGUGGGGGUGGAGGGCAUUUAUGCUACUUGUGUGCCCCAAAAAUGUAUUCCAUACAUAGCUGUUGAAUUGUUAGUUUCUGUGGCAUGUAUCAUCUCUUACAUUACAGCUCGGUUUGCACUUUGUGCAUGCCAAUGCAUGAUACCAUUUGCAGUUC